AAACCAUCACCUGUCAAUAUUUUCUUAUAAGCCGAUGCUCCCGUAACCCUAGUUAACCCUUUCGCUCGCCUCCGAUCAUUUGGUUCAAGUUUAUCCGAGAAGGCGAUGGCUCCGAAGCAGCCGAAUACUGGUCUCUUCGUGGGACUUAACAAAGGACACAUUGUUACGAAGAAAGAGUUGGCUCCCCGCCCCUCAGAUCGUAAAGGAAAAAGUAGCAAAAGAGUUCUCUUCGUGAGGAAUUUGAUCCGGGAAGUUGCUGGGUUUGCACCAUAUGAGAAGAGAAUCACUGAGCUUCUUAAAGUUGGGAAGGACAAGAGAGCACUAAAAGUGGCCAAGAGAAAGUUGGGAACUCACAAGAGAGCAAAGAAGAAGCGAGAGGAGAUGUCCAGCGUUCUCCGCAAAAUGAGAGCUGGUGGAGGCGGCGAGAAGAAGAAAUGAAGCUCCAAGUUCCAUUUUGUUAGAGACAUGUUCUAGAUUGUUAUUGUUGUUACCCAGAAUGAAAUUCAGUGCAUUUUUUAACCUUGUGUUAGGUGAACUAUGACAGGUAUUAGAACGUAUGUUUUUAAUUUCUUCAAGUCUUAUUUUUUUAAUGAACUCUAUAACCAUUUGUAUCCCUUUUGAUACAUUUUCGUUAGCUUGGAAGGAAUGCAGCGUUUCAUUAGCUUGAAA